CUGCCGCUCAACCAACACUUUGAACUGGCUCAAGCGCCGCCAGUCCGCCCUCCGCGUCUUUGCGUCUUGCCUUGCAAUCCAUCAUUCCCAUCACGCUCCCAUGACAUACCCAUCACCGAGAUGACACAACCACGACGACCAUCGCCAGCCCGGAGUGUCUCACCCCGUUGCCUCACUGCACCACACAUCAGCCUCCUCCUGUUGAGCGUCUACUGGGCACGAUGCCGGUAUGCUGCUUCGCCCACUCUCAGCAUCCUCGACGUAGACGUGCGGCAAACCCUCUUCGACAGUGAUGGCGAGAACAGUCACUGUCUUGUCGCAACAAGGCUGCUCAUGUACCUUUUGCGUAGCUGGGAUGGCUUCAUCGAGCCGGCCGGCAGCUUGCGCGAGUUCUGCGAGGACUUGAGGGCGGCAUUGAGGGGACCGCAGGGCGAACAGAGGAACAGCGGGCCCAGCGGUAGCAAGAGUAGCGCACGAGACAGAGAGAGGGAGAUCCUGAGCCAGUCACGCAUCGAUAGCCUCAUAGAGUGGCUCGAGGAGCAAUGGAGCCUCCUCAUUCCGCACACAGCGCCUGCAUCCUUCAUGGGCAACGAGAGUUUCGCUUCGCACUCUGGGGUCGGGGACAAUCAUGCCCUGCCCCUCGCGCCUGUCUGCAACCAGCUUGUCAAGAUAGUCGAAGCCGCUUCUCUCUGCAUCGAGGUUACCAACGAGGAUGAGGAAGACGAGGAUGACGCGGUGGGCUCACCUCGUGGAGCUAUUGAGCGGAGGUCCCCGCUCGGCAUCGCGAUACGCAGGAUGAGGUUAGCACUCGAGGGGCUUGACGAAUUCGAGGUCAUGCCACGAAUGGCUCGCGAACUGGCAAGGUGGAAACAAGGCAGAAUUGAGCCGCACCCAGAAGGAGUUCCUGAGGCUCAGGAGUCGUCCGCAACCAACUUGCCCGCUCGCCUCGAAAUCUUCCAUCGCUACCAGGAUGCCCGCCGUCGAGGCGACUACGCUGCCACUCGCGAGGCGCUCUACGCCUUCUUCUCGCUUCCUCCGCCAAUCUCUCACCGUACACGCUCACCUCUUCACCCCUAUGGCCACCCAUUGGGCCCGAAUGCUUCCUCCCUUGCCCCUCCCCCCGGCCCAUCCGGGGCAGCGGGGUCGAGCACAACGACCGGGCAGACUCGUACAAAGUUGCACCACCAUGCUCUACUGAAUCUUGCCGGCUUUCAUGUGGAGUGGGAAGAGUGGGACGCUGCAAGUCGGGCGCUCAAGGAGGCGACCGGACUCUGCAAGGCGGAGAGGGAUGCGGAGGGGCUAGAGGCUUGUAGGAGUCUUGGUAGGAGAGUCGAUGCUGCGCUUAGCCGGCGCUGCAGAGGUGCGGAUGAAGGUGGUGAAAAGGGAGAUCUCGCAGGGGUCGACGAUGUGCUUCUGCGCGAGCCGGUGUCGCCGUGGAUUCCGCCUAGUAGGGAGGGGACAUGGCGUGCAGCAGAGGCAACGAUGAGCCCAAGCAGCAGCGACGACCCUGUCGCAGCCACCGCGAUGCUCAUCGGUCUUCCCAGAUACUCAAGCUGGGGCUCCCCCAGCUCGUACGCCACUUCCAGCUCGCCCAAUACAGAAGGCAGAGGCAACCUUCCUCAGCCUCAUCCGCACCCCAACAACGAGCUACGUAGCCUACUGAUGCGAGAGCAACAAGACGCCGCCUCCUCUUCCUCCGGCUCAGCAAGCCAGCCGGCCCGCCUCACACCAGACGACCUUUGGGAUUCGUUGCGAUGCAGCACCGCGCUGAGCCCACACUCGUGCGCUCAAAUCCUUGAAAGUGUCCAGCUCUGUGUGUCCCUCCCCAUCCCAAGCAAUUUCCUCCGCUCUGUCGCUGGAUCCGCCCCAUCAGCCCCACCCAGCGCUGCCAAUGCCAACCCACACCCAGCUCAAGCUCUCUACGUGGCGCAAGACCAGCCUCGCCCAUGGGCCACCCUUUCACGUUUGCACAGUCUCAUGGGGGAAGAACAUCAUGCCCUUUCCUACCGCCGUUUAGCAAGGGCGGAAGCAUAUGUCGGGGACGAGAGAAGAGGACGUGAGGAUGAGUGGGGUAUGCGAUUCGAUGAAGCGUGGAGCUUGGCCAGGGCCGGCAGGUUCGAUGAGGCGCUGACGAAGCUCUGCAGCUCGAACGGAGAAGGAGCAUGGUUGCGCGAACUGGUGGAGCAGGGCGAUUUCCGCACGUACACGCAGUGGGUCAAAUGUGUGUAUCGCUGCCUUUACUUGUGGAAGAGGAGGGCGGGGACCGAUGAGUAUGGGAGGAAAAGGAUCGCACGGCUGGCGACCGGACGUGAAGAGGAGGAAUGGGACGUCGAAGUCGACGAUGAAGCCUAUGACCACGGAGCCGUCAAGGGCGGUCAGAAGGCACGGAGCAUGGAUGGCAGGAUCAACGAGCUCACUCGUGAGCUCCGCCUUCUCAUCACCGCCUCACCUCCCGGAAAGGACAAAUUCACGGGAAACGCCAGCAUAGCUAGUCGCGCCUUACCCCUUCUCUCGACCCUUUUGCACCGUACACGUCUCCUCGGUCGGAACAUAGCGCACCGACGUCUUCUCAUCCUUUUUGCCCAGCUACAGGCUUUCCAUCUCGGCGGGCACAAGCAGCUGGAUGCGGCUCUGAAGACGAUGAGGGAGUGUGUGAUGCCUAGCUUGCUGGCGGGUACCACCCUGGGGGACGAAGAGGGGGAGGGGGCGAUUGGAGACCCAGAAGAGUUGGCCGACGGCCUCUUUGCGUACGCGCAGCUUUUGCUGGCGAAGGCGAGGGCUGUGGACGCCGGUCUGCCAGGGAGUGCUUCACCGAACAUAGAAUGGCGUCGCAGCAGCACGGCGUCCCCCUUUGGACCCGUCUCAUCGCCCAGCUCAUCAGCACUGAAACGGCAAGCCCUUCAGUGGCUUCUCCGUGCCCGUGACGCCUACAUCGCCGCCUGCCCACCUCAUGGUAUGCCGCAGGGCAUGCUGAAGGUGGACGUCUUCCUUGCGCGACUCUACGAGGAGUUGGCUGUCCAGACGGCCGUGGAUGAGGAUGGAAAGAGGGAGGAGGACGCAAAACAGGCGCAAGUGUGUCGAGCGAGAGUGAACGAGGGGGCUGCGCUGCUGCGACGAAGGGAACAGGCUGAUGCGGAAGUAGCUGGAGGAGACGUGUGCAGGUGGGAUGAGCUAAUCGCCAGGGUGGGAGCGAAGAUUGCUGCACCGCGAUGCUAA